AUGGCGUCUCCUCCGACAGAUUACCCACGACCUGACUUCCAGCGGACCGCACUUCACUGGGAGAGUCUGAAUGGUCCCUGGGAUUUCCUCUUCGAUGACGAUGACAAUGGCCUGCUCGCUGGGUGGCACCACAAUGGCAUCCCAUCACAUGCCCCCUCCGGCGACGGCAAGCCCAAUGGCAAGAGAACAAUUCAAGUCCCUUUUGUCUUCCAAGCUCCAGCAUCAGGGAUCAAUGAGCGAGGUGUACAUGAAGUUCUGUGGUAUGAGCGUCGCAUCGAAGACCUCCGCAACUCGGAAGAAAAGUCUGAAAACUAUCGUCUGCUCCUCCGGUUCGGCGCCGUGGACUACCAUGCCAAGGUCUGGCUCGACGGACAGUACAUUGGCGAGCAUCGUGGUGGUCAUGUGCCGUUCGACUUAGAUCUGACGGAAGCCAUUCAGCUUUCCUCUUUCAGUCCGUACCGGCUGACAAUCAGAGUACACGACUCGGCGUUCGACCUAGCACAGCCCCGAGGAAAGCAGUACUGGGGACCGCGGCCAGAGAGCAUUUUCUACACGCCAUCCAGUGGCAUCUGGCAGAGUGUGUGGCUGGAGAGUGUGCCGCCAGCCAGGAUCGUGGAUGGCAGCUAUGGGACCAUUCUGCGAUCGAACGAGAUUGAGAAGGGCGUUUUGGACGCAAGAGUCUGCACUAUUGGAAGAAGGGCCAACCAGCCAUUGGAGAUCGAAGUCGAAACAAGCCUAGGAGGAGUGGUGAUCGGCACCGGCAAGAUGGGCCUCAAACGAGAGGAGGACUUUGUGCGGAUGUUCGACGUGAACACAAGACUCUCCCAGCAGCACAUCCAAAUGCUCCCACCUGAGUUUGCAAGCGCCGCACCACUGAACGAUGAUCGAUGCUGGAAGAAUGGGGUCGCUCUGUGGUCACCUGAGUGUCCAUUUCUGUACGAUGUAACACUUCGACUGCUGGGUCCGGGGAACAGAUUGUUGGAUGAAGUCAAGACCACUACUGGAAUGCGCUCCCUCGAUUGGAUAACGGGUGAUGGCACAUUCAGACUGAACGGCAAGCCGUACUUCCAAGCGCUCUUCCUUGAUCAAGGUUAUUGGCCAGACACGUUGAUGACGCCACCGACCCCAGCUGCGUUGAAGAAGGAUAUCGAGUUGUCCAAAGCCAUGGGCAUCAACGGCUGCCGCAAGCAUCAAAAAGUUGAAGAUCCCAUCUUCAUGUACUGGGCAGACCGGCUUGGCUUCUUAGUCUGGGGCGAGAUGGCAAGUCCAUUCCACUUCACCGUGGAGAUGAUGAAGAGGUUCGACCAAGAGUGGAUGGAGAUGGUGAAGCGGGACGUCAAUCAUCCUUCAAUUGUCACUUGGACUCCCAUCAAUGAAAGCUGGGGCUACGGAGAUCUUGGUGGAAACAAGCGACAAAGAGACCAUGUGCGAUCGCUGUACUGGACCACGAAGACCUACGACAUGACGAGACCCAUCAACGACAAUUGCGGCUGGGAGCAUGUCAUUACCGACCUUAGCACCUUCCACGACUACGCCGACGAGAAUGGCAUGGCCGAUCGCUGCAAGAAUCUCAAGGAGAUCAUUGGACGAGGUCGGCCCAUGUUCCUGGGUCCAAUAUACAACCACGCCAACGUGGAAGACGAAGGGUCACGACACCAACGCGGAGCCCCAGUCAUGUGCACAGAGUUUGGCGGCGUGAAUAUUGCGGCGUCCAACGAUGACUCUCGGAAGGGCAACUGGGGCUAUACGACUGCGAGUGAUGCGAAGGACUUGUUAAAAAGAGUCGAGGGGCUGAUAAUGGGGACUGUGCGAGAGGGACAUGUGUGUGGGAUUGUGUGGACCCAAUUCUCGGAUAUCGAGCAGGAGCAGAAUGGGCUCUACACGUAUGACAGGAGAGAGAAGCUCCCAGCGGCGGAAGUGAAGAAAGUGAUGGAGAAGGCGGCAGCGGCAUACUUUGCGAAGAGGCAAGGCCGGUAA